CCUCGCCCGCCUCGCCUGGCCAGUAGCAGUGCGCGCCCCGACCCGUCAACCUCGUGCCUCCGUGCCUCCGUGCCCUCGUGUGUUUGUGUGCCCCACAGCUCCACAACAACAACGACAGCAGCACCAUGUCGCCCCUGAGUGUUCUGGCUGUGUGCCUCGUCGCCCUCGCGGCCCUCCACCCCGCAACGGCCCUGCGAUGCUGGUCGUGCGACUCCCAGAACGACUACUCGUGCGACGACCCCUUCCGGACAACGAACCGCUUCGCCCUCAUCGAGUGCGACAACAGGGCGGGCAACUCUCCCCAGUACUACCACGGCUACCCCGUCUGCAGGAAGGUCAAGCAGCGCAUUGACGGCCGCCCCCUGGUCGUCCGCUCCUGCGGCUGGGUAGACCCCAACGACGGCGGCCGCUCCGCGUGCAACUCGCUCUCGCAGCCCGGCUACAUCCACCAGGAGUACUGCUCCAUCUGCAACUCCGACGCCUGCAACUCGGCGCCCCGCCCCGCCGUGCCCCUCGUCGCCACCCUGGCCGCGCCCCUGGCCGCGCUCGCCUUCUGGAUGCGCCGUUAAGAACUCACCUUCCACCGCAGGGCCGAGGCCGCCGGGCCGCCAGGGAAUUCAAGCCUGCCCAGCCCCAGGACUCGAACGGGGAGGAGCGGCGGGGCGCGGCUGCAGGGCACGGCGUCGUCCCAUCCGCAGCGCGACGUCACCAAAGCGAGAUUUGGCGCCCAGGACUCAAGUGCCAUGCUGCCAUGCUGCCGCACCCCGCCACGCCGCGGCCUUGAGCGCUGGAGCGUGGCCGCGGGGCGCUGGGCGGGCAGCGCGGGCGGCGCGGGCGGACUCUGACUCUACGAGACCAAGACGCGGCUAGACGGCCUGCAGUGCCCUCCGCCCGCCGCGUACGCCCACGCCGCAUCCCGCGGCCCGCGGCCCCACCCCGGUCCGCCUCGGCCCGCCUCGACUUGCUCGACUCGCGCCGCGACGCCGCGACCCACGGACGACGGCGUCCUCAACGACGCCGGUCGGCACGCCGAGGCACGCCGAGGGCCGGCUAUUUGGAAAGGAGGGCAAAUGGCAGCAAUUAAGCGAGCCUCGCCGUGCCCCGCCGUGCCCCGCCGUGCCGCGGGCCAUGAUAAUACUCGCGCCUUCGCUCAUUGGGCAGCGGCAGAGCCACCAGAAGCAGAAGCACCUCGAGGCGAGUCGACUCAACUUGAGCUGAAACUCGACGCAAAUAGGGGAAACUUCGGCUGACUUUCAGCUUAAGUCCACGGAACUUCCCCGAUGUGGUUUCUUGGUCCUCCGCCCUCCGACUGACGCUCGCAUGUUGGAGUCUUACCUUCCUUAUUUCGGCCUCAAACCUCAAAUCUUUUUCUUCCAUUCCCCUUGCAGUCAGCAACCUAGCCAAACUCCUGUGGCACUACCACCCCCACACCGUCCCGGUGCCACGGGUAUGUCCUCUCUGGCGAAGAACUACAGCGGCCACUGACGACGAACCAAGUCAUUUCCCCUCGAAAGAUGACGCUCCAUUGUUUUCUCGUUGUAUGACUGUAAUAUUAAUUGUUUUGUAUUUUUUUGUAUAUUAUGCACUGACUUGUCAGCAAUCAGUGAACCAUUGUGUUAGAGAUAUAUAUAAUAUUGUAAAUUGGUGAUACUCAAGUAAUGUAUUGACGUUUCAUUUCCUGAUUGUACCACGAGGGUACGUAGAAGAAAAGAACAAUUUCGAAAAUCUCGACUUUUUGCUUCAUUCACUCGAUACUUAACUUUGUAGCAAUUUUAGUUUUAUUAGAUGUACGUACCCCAUCCAAACGCCUCAAAGAAAAUAAAGGAGUAAAUGCUACAACAUCUGAGAAAUUUUUCAGAGAGACAAUUUUAUACAUAUAUACUUAUAAGAUACUCUUAUAAAACUACCUCUAGUGCUUAUCCGCUCUUUGUUUGAUUCAAAGUCUGCAUUUGAUUAUCUUUAUCUUAAAAAUUUCACUUUUUUAUUUUGUUUUUUUAUUCUGAAAAAAAAAAAAAACUGUAAGAUGAUAAGUGUACUUUGGUUUAAUUUGCAUUAAAAACAGAAAUAAUGAACAUCACUACAUGAAGGUGCGCGAUGAAAUCCAGUAACAUGAUAGCUUUAAGUUAUUUUUUGCUGUGUGAAGCAUUUGAGCUUUCUGGUGGACUCGUGUCAUGAAAUAAUCUCAUCUCAUCCUCUCCUGUCUCUUUUUUGUAGCAGCCUAGAGCAAGUGUAUAGUUAUACGAGCGAAUGUUGUGUUAAAUUUGUGUUGUGUGAGUGUUAAGUAAUUAUCAUAAGUCAACAUAGUUCUAUGCAGGAUACCGCAAAUUUCUCGUUUUGAUCAAGAUUCUAGAAACAAUAAAAUUUUACUGCCGACAAACCA